AUGGUGGACCAUGGUCAAGAACCGCACAUGGCGGACAGAGAGACCAAAGCAAAUGCCCCCCGGGUAGAAAACAAAUCCAACACGCCCACCAUUCUACAUACCCUCAAGGGGGUGGGUCCGAACAGGUUCCCGAAUGUUGUCAAAGGCCGGCGUUGA